AGGAGGUGCUCCCAGCUUAGCCCGCCGCGCCCGGCUCCGCGCCCGGCCAACCCGGGCUCCCUCCCGGUCCUGGCGCCCUCUGCACCCGCCUUAGGCGCGGCGGCCGAGCCCUGGCUGCGCCCUCUGGGCGCGCUCCUCCGAGUCCCAAGUUUGGGUCGCGAGUCUGAACUUGGGAGGAACGCGCCCCGGGUCCCCGCCCUCCCCGGACUGCCCGAUCCCCAUCCCCCGCAACUGGGAGAGCGCAGGCGCAGCCGGCCGCGAGUCCCGUCAGCGGUCCCGGAGCCAGUGGCCGCGCCCGUGCCGGUAGCGUCGCUGCCACCGCUCACCAUGGGCCCGGGUCCUCGGCUGCUGCUACCUCUCUUGCUUUGCGUGGGGCUCGGCGCGCUUGUGUCUUCUUCCGGGGCCGCGGGCUUCCGCAAGCGAGGCCCCUCUGUGACUGCCAAGGUUUUCUUUGAUGUGAGGAUUGGAGACAAAGAUGUUGGCAGAAUUGUGAUUGGCCUCUUUGGAAAAGUUGUGCCCAAGACAGUAGAAAAUUUUGUUGCUCUAGCAACAGGAGAGAAAGGAUAUGGAUAUAAAGGAAGCAAGUUUCAUCGUGUCAUCAAGGAUUUCAUGAUUCAAGGAGGUGACAUCACCGCUGGAGAUGGCACUGGGGGUGUGAGCAUCUAUGGUGAGACAUUUCCAGAUGAGAACUUCAAGCUGAAGCACUAUGGCAUUGGCUGGGUCAGUAUGGCCAACGCUGGGCCUGACACCAAUGGCUCUCAGUUCUUUAUCACCUUGACCAAGCCCACCUGGUUGGACGGCAAACAUGUGGUAUUUGGAAAAGUCAUCGAUGGGAUGACAGUGGUGCACUCCAUAGAGCUCCAAGCAACUGAUGGGCACGACCGUCCGCUCACCAACUGCUCAAUCGUCAACAGUGGCAAGAUAGAUGUGAAAACGCCUUUUGUGGUUGAGGUUGCUGACUGGUGACACAACUGGCAGAAAACAAGGAUACGCUUUGGCGGGGUGUGUGUGUGUGUGUGUGUGUGUGUGUGUGUGUGUGUGUGUGUGUUGUUGUCUUUCAAUUAUUUGCUUUGUUUUGUUUUUUUCCUUUUUUACUUUCUUUUUAUUUUCUAUCCCAGAUCACAGGAAAGUUAUAAAAAUCAAACCAUCAGCCUUUAGUUUGCUUGAACUUUAGUAAACCAACUGCUUAGGGACUUUCAACUUAAAUAUAUACCCUUCCUCAAGUGGUGCUAUUUUUAAAGUAAAAAAACUUUGAAUUGGCUAUUUUUUUAAUGCAAUAAUGUUUUCUUCUGAAUUCAUUAUGAUCCCCAUAUUGGGUAAUGCUGAAGAUUUGUCUGAAACAGAUGAGGAUACUGAGUUUAUUAUUUUGUAUCCAAACAGAAAUUCAGGUAAAGGGAAAUUUGACUAGUAUAAUCUGAGAUAUGUCAUAGGGAUUUCUUCCUAACAAAAAGGUGCUUUGCUAUUCUUUAUAUUAAAUACUUUU